GAAGUCACUCAUUAGCGCAUCGAAGGGUGAUGGCAGUAAGAAUACUUUUGCAAGGUGAUCAGCUUGAUGAUCAAGCACAGAGAUAUGGCGGUAACCAUGCAUGAACGACGAUGAGAGAAUAGCGAAGGAAAAAAGGUCGACAGAGACACUAAGGUGUGACUGCAGGAAUGACAAAUCCAGUAACUGAUUGAUCAAAUUCAGCCUAAAUACGCAAUUAUUCUUCUAAGAUCAGGUGAACUGACGAAGAAGGCAAAUCUGACAUAUAAAUCUGACCUACGCCGCCUCCUAUUGAAAACGCAUAUUUCUACAGCAACAUACUAUGGGGCAUAAAAUCAUCCUCACUGGCACCACUGGCAAGCUUGGAUCAGUGGUAUUCAAGCACCUACUACAACUCAUACCUGCGAGCGACAUCAUUGUAUCGGUCCACAACCCUGACGGACAUGAGGAGCUGAAGGACAAGGGAGUGGAAGUGCGGUCUGGCGAUUUCAACGAUCCUGAGUCGCUUGUUCUGACGUUCAAAGGAGGCGAUGCUUUGCUCUUGAUGUCGUUGCCCUCUCGAGACGAUGAAUACCGGAUCCAAGGCCAUACGCAGGUCAUCGAUGUCGCCAGGAAAGCCGGAGUGAAGCAUAUCUACUACACGUCGCUUGCUUUCGGAGAUGAGAGCGACGCCAAGGUGAUGAAAGCGCAUUACGCUACGGAAGAGUACCUCAAACAUGACGACAUAGCAUGCACCAUCAUCAGAGAAGGUCCGUACAUGACCAGCUACCCACUUUAUCUUGGGUUCUACGAGACUUCGUCCGAUACCGUGGCGGUGCCAGGUGACGGAAAGGUUGCGUUUGCAGCUCGCGAGGAUCUGGGUGAGGCCACGGCUAAAAUCAUCGCCAGCGGCGAUUACAAUGGAAAAACAGUGACGUUGACAGGGUCCAAAGCAUACUCGCUACAAGAGGUCACCCAGUUACUGUCUCAGGAGCUGAAGAAGGACAUUGCCUUCCAAAAGGUCAGCGACGAAGAGUUUCUGAAACGCAAUGAAGACAAACGGGACGUUGCAGAAUGGUGGCUAAGCACCUAUGCAACGCUGGAGAAGGGCGGUCUGGCCACCGUGGACCCUACGCUUGAACAAUUGCUCGGUAAGAAACCACGACAGCUUGAGGAGGUGCUCAGAGACUCACUCCAGAACGCAAAAGCCGGUGACAAAGAACUUGCGCAAUGGGUAUCACAUUAACAUUGAUUCACAAAAAUACUGGGGAUAAUAAAAUGUUUAGUUUUGUUAAGAAAAGGGAGAAGGUAGUGAUUCUUUACGCAGAUGCGCGUGCUUGCUUGCAGUAUAUUGGCGUACAAAGGAAAAAAAAAAAGACAGGCUGUCCAUGUAAGAUUUUAAGAAAAAAGCA